AAGGUGUCUGAGUUGUUCAUUUAAUUUGACAUUCUUCCUGUUGACCUCCAACAUUCACGAUGCUGCGCUUGGUGCUGCUGCUGCUGCUGCUCAGCUGCACACACGCCACUCACUUUUUGGGCACUAUGAUGACCUACUACCCAAAGCAAGUUCAUACAGACGGAUCCGUAACGGUGAGUUUCCGCUACAAGCUGGGCUUCACCUCCUGCAGCCACUUUGACUUCUGGUACUGCUAUCCUUACUGUGGGAGCCUGACUCCCACACUGCAGAAGAUCGACAUGGAGCCCAGCGGUGAAUGGUGUCAGCAAGAAGGAACGAUGACUACGGUUAUUUAUCCAAUCAUUUUAACCCAGCUUGUGUUUGCAGGUGGCAACUGGAUAGAUUACAUCCAAAAUAAUGUUGUGUCUUGGAGAGCUUUGACUUUUGUGGAACUGGGAAUACGAUCAGAUACCAGAAAGCCAAACGUUUCCCCUCAGAGCACCAUCAUUCCAGCAGUGAGGGUUCCUUCAAACUGUCAAAGAGAUUUCAACUUGAUGGCGUUUGACCCUGAUGGAGACAACGUGGAAUGCAGAUUUGGAUCUGACUCGUUGUAUGAAUGUGCGCCUUGUGCUCCUCCAUCUAUACUAAACCUGUCAUCAUCCUGCACUCUCUCCUUCAACAGAACCAAUAGCACCAGUGAAGGUCCGUACGCAGUGCAGCUGGUGCUGGAGGAUUUCCCACAGCAAACUAUUACAUUGACUCAUGUUGACGGGGUUAAAGAAACCAAAACCACCAGUCAGGCAAUCAGCAAAAUACCACUCCAGUUUGUUUUACAUGUGGAUCCUGUUGUACCAUCCUGCACAGAAGGAUGGUUUCUUCCAAAGUUUCUUCCUCCAACUCCAGCAAACAGAGCCAGGUUGUUCACCAAGGUGAAUCAACCCCUGGAAAUUAGCAUCGCUGCCGAAGCUGCUAAUGCUACAAUCUCUGAGCUGCUGUUCAGCGGGCCGGCCAGUGUGGUUAAGAAUUCAUCAGGAUCAGGAAACUUCACUCUGACAUGGACGCCAUCAGUUAGUGAAGAAGGAGAGAACCACCCCAUCUGUUUCGUUGUCCAGGCAACGCUGAAUUCACAGAAGUAUCACUCUGAGCUUCGAUGCGUCAUUGUGCAAGUGGAGUUUGGGAUGGUGGUUCGGGUGAACAUGAAGGUUUUGUCCUCGUUGUCACAGGGAGGGAGCGUCAACGAAGUCGUCCUGCAAAAGAUUAAAGAUGAGCUGGUGAGCAUGGGGCUGCCAUCCGACAGCGCGCUGCUUCUUCUAAGAAGCAGAAGUGCGCUAGCCAAUGCAACAGCGACAUCUGGUGUUUAAUCAUGGAAAGUGCAACCUGUCCACGCAAGUAAAUGUGAUUUUAUUUUUUUAGUUACAUGUAUUCUCCUGCAUAUUUCCUCAAACUUUCUCUUUCUGAUCUCAUUUCAGGAGUUUUACUGCUGCAGCUUUUAUAAGUUUAAUAUUUGGUUUGACUAUAUUUACUGAUUUAAUCCACAAUUUAUGCCUUAAGUUUUGAUCCAUUUAUUCAAUAUUUGUAUUUUUUUUUUUUUAGAUUCUACUCAGGUUUGCAUAUAUUUUUCUGCUUCACUUCGAUUUUGAUAAAUCAUACCAAAUAGUUUUAGGCAGACACCCUAUAACUUUAAGUAAUUUCAAUAAAUCAUUUUCACUAUUGUCUGUCUCUUGUCUUGUGUUAGAUUUUAAUAUUUCAUCAGCCUUAUUUUCCCUUUCUCUCAACUAGCCAGAUUAUAU